AUGGAGGAACCAUUGGUUUUUGCUUGCGGGGAUUUUGUCGACAGGUCUGUCCAAACGGCUUGGGAAGAUAAUGACACCGAGGUGGACAGUGCAUUUGGGGACUGGAGUUCUGCCAAGUCGGAUACAGUUGAAAGAUCUUCAUCUUUGUCUUCACCAUGGUCUUCACCCAUGGAAAUGAACAUCUCUAAUCUUUCAACAAAGAUGAGAGUGCACCCAUCUUUUUGUUCAUUCAAAGUUUACCCAGUUAAGAGGAAAUUAUUACAUGCACAUUUAUGUGUCCUAUGGAGGGUCUGUCUUGAUUGCCAAUUUUCUAUUUUCCUAUAUGAGAAUGUAACAUUUAAACAAUAUAAUAAUGUCAUAUGAUAGGUAAUAUUUGUCUAUGCAGUUGGAGAAUGGUGAUGUGAAGAAACCAUGUGUAGUUUUCCAGGAGUGCUUCCAGAUCUUGGGUGAAUCUGAAAAAGCCAAUUGUACUGUAAGAUCUCUGACCCAGCUGCUAGAAAACACACCCCCAAGCACUUCUCAAACAUCAGCCACAACAUGGUAUCUAAUUUAUCAUUCUUUUCAACUGUUGUGGUGGAUGGGACCAUGUACAUCCAUGUAAGGUCAAAAGUAUAUUGUAAUUGUAAAGGUGUGUGUGUCUUACCUUGGGAGGAAGAAAUUAAUAGGCACAAAUUUGGAGAUCAAUGUGUCUUUUUGAAUGAGUCAUUCAAUAUGUUUUACAGUAAUUUCAAUGAAGAUUUUGAAGAAAAUGCCAUUAACACAUUAAUAAGUAUAACUGUCUCACUUCAUCAUAACUAAAAUCGACGUACCUAAUUCCUCCAUUGUUUAUAUUUUUGUUGUCAUGAACUCAGUCAACAAAGUCACCUCUGGCCUUCCUCUCAUUUCCCGCCACCUAGCUGCUGGCCCCCUCCUCCUGCCAUGGUGACACCCCAGCGUUCCUCUACCAGGUCUCCCAGCAGUGGCUGACUCAGUGCAGCAUUUGGCUGCAGCCUCAGCACCACAAGAAGGCCCUUGCACUGAACUAUGGAGAAGGAUAA